AUGACUCAGUCAAUUCUCAUCUGGAACGUAAGAGGCUUGGGGUCGUGUGAUAAUAGGGCCAAGAUCAAAGGACUUCUGAGACGCUGGAAACCGGAUAUCGUUGUCCUUACAGAAACGAAAUGGAGGAGCUACAGUCAGAGGUUGAUUAGCUCGGUUAGUGGGAGUCGUUUCUCGGAUUGGGAUGCAAAGAAUGUUGUUGAAGCUAAGGGCGGAAUAGCUAUUUAUUGGGAUCGAAGGGUUUUCAAAAGAGAGAUUGAGUGGGAAGGUAAGUUUACUCUUGAAGUUAAGCUUUGUGAGAUCAGCACAGGGAAAGAUAUUUCCUUACUGGUUGUUUACGGUCCGCAAAAGAAGGAAGAUAAACUGGAAUUCAUUAGUGAGCUUCGUAUGGUUUGUCGGUAUUACUCCGAUCCUCUGUGCAUUAUUGGCUAUUUCAAUUUGGUUCAAGGUAAUGAUGAUUAUAGAGGUCAACCAAGAGAUAUUGAGGUGAUUACGAAGUUCAAUGAAUUUAUCAGUGAUUGCGAUCUACUGGAUUUGCCCUUGUCUGGUUCCCUUUUUACUUGGAGCAACGGGUCGGGCUCUUUCUCGAAAAUUGAUAGGGCAAUCAUCAAUUCUAGUUUUGAUAGCAGUUUCUCCCCUGAUUCUAUCAUGGCUCUAGAUCGGGUGGAAUCUGAUCACUGUGCUAUCUUUCUUAAAUGGGGUGCUUUAGACAGGAUUCGGAGACCCUGGCGUUUUGAAAACAUGUGGAUCCUGGAUGAAAGCUACUCCACUCGUCUCGUUGGAUGGUGGAAUGUGCCUGUUAACGGCCAUGGGGUGUUAUUCUUAUUUGGCCAAAGGCUUAAACAAGCUAAAGCACUUAUCAAAUGUUGGAACAGAGAUCACUUUGGUCGUGUUGAGCAAAGAAUAAAGGAUCUUCUGAGGAAGAUCAAAUUUUUUGAUCAAAUGGAGGAACAAGGUGUGAUUCCUGAAGAUGCAAGAGUGGAGAAGAAUAUGUUGAAAUGUGAACUUGAAAAAUUGCUUCUAAUGGAAGAAAUUGCAUGGAGACAAAAGUCAAGAGAACUUUGGCUUUCUAUUGGGGACAAGAACACAGGCUUCUUUCACAGAAUGGCGAGUAAUAACAGAAGGAAGAAUAAGAUUCACUUUGUCAAAAUCAAUGGGGAAAGAGUUUCCGAUCCUAAUGGCAUCAAGAACGCUUUUGUGGAUCAUUUUGUUGCCAGAUUCGCCGACAACCACACCAAUAACCCCUUCCCAAAGAGUUUUAAGCCUGAUGUGUUUAGCCUUGAUGAAAAUUAUUCCUUGGCGAAGCCUUUUACUGAAGUUGAAAUCUGGCAGGCUAUUAAGAACUGUGAUGGUGAUAAGGCCCCUGGCCCGGACGCUUUCACCCUUGCGUUUUACAAAAGUGGUUGGCAUGUGAUCAAGAAUGACCUCCUGAAGGCUUUGGAUGAGUUUUACUUCUUGGGUUCGCUUCCAAAAUCCGUUGGUCAUUCGUUUAUAUGUCUACUCCCGAAGAAAGAUGCAGCGGAGGAAGUUAAGAUUUCCGACCGAUUAGCUUAG